AUGAUCAGCGAUAACUCACUAGACCGGCUUCACCACACCUACUUAAAAAUAAGCGAGCACUUGAAUUACCUGGAGUCCAAAUUGCCUCUGGAUGUCCCGAGAACCUAUUAUACGGCCCUUGAGAUGUCCAUGGGCUUGGUGGAGAAAGGUAUUGAUGCCGUAAACAACUUCAAGAGGCAAGUGACCCCAGUCACUGACAAGGUGGCCGAAACCCUGUACUCCAUUGUGGCUCCCUUCGCAAACUCGGUCUUGGAGAAGAUGGGACCGUAUUCUGAAGUCCUCCAUCGGGCCGUCAGCACCUCAGUUGAGAGACUCAACCCGAGGUUGAGCGAGAAGCUCAAGAAGCUUCUGGAAAAGCUGACCAAAGAGUUGGCUCCAUUAGUCCAAACCCUCCAGAAUGAAUUACAAGAAUUAAAGGCUUCCUUACAACCAGCUACUGACCACGUCCAGAAGAAGGUGAAGGAAAGCUUGGAAAGAAUCAACCAGGAGUUGCAACCAUAUCUUGCUCCCAUUCUUGAAACCCUUGAAAAAUAUACCAAGGCCUCUCCAGUUGAACCGUGA